CCAGAUGUCUAUGUGUGAUAAAUCUGUUAUGGAGCAAAUGGCAAUGGACAAUUGAAAUGUCUGAAGACGGAUAUAUACGAAAUGGAUGCAUUUGGUAUUAAUGGGGAAGGGAUAUUGUGUUGAUAUGUCAGUGAAUGUGUAACGUGCUUAAUCUGGCAUAAUUCUUUGAUGACUUGUGUGUUUCCUUAUACAUGGAUGUUGUGAGUCAUUCGCUUUGUGAAUCGUGAAUAUUGGGAAAUGGCUUAUAACUAUCCUGCUGUGGCGAACCCUCCAUUGCCCCCUGGCGCAAUGAAUCCUCCUCCACCUCCUCCUAUGGCUUCCAUGGCUAUGAGUAUGAUGGGCCCCCAGCAACCUAUGGGACAAGGAAUGCCAAUGGCAGCCCCAAUGAUGGCUCCCCAGGGUUAUUUGUCAGGUCCAUUAAUGCCUGGACAAACUACUCAACCAGCUCCACCAGGAACUCACCAGCAGCAACAGCUGCAGAUGCAACAAAGCAUGUUAAAUCCUGCAAUGAAUGAUGCCCCUCUUGAAUUUAACAUGAAUAAGAAUAAACCUCCUAUGCCAAUAGCAGGUGAAGAACGUAGUGGUCGCAAUGCUGAAGAAAACACUACCUCGAGCACCAGUAGUGGGACAGCUACAAACAGCAACACAACUACAGGCAGUAGUGAAAGCAGUAGGAGAGAACGUCGGAAUCGCAGUGAUCGUCGAGAUAGAGAACGUGAUCGAGAUAGAGACCGAGACAGAGAAAGAGACAGAGAUCGAGAACGUGACAGAGAGAGACGUGAAGAACGUGAAAGUUCCAGUGGUAAUGGAACUAGUAGUCAAUUAUCACAAGCAGCUGGACAACAGCAAAACCAACAGCAGCAGCCACAAACUCAUGCUGCACCACAACCAGCACAAACUUCACUUGUCAAUAGUUCUACCAGUAGUAUGCAGUCCUCCCCUACCCAAAUUACUCCACAACCCCAAGCCAUUGGUCCACCAGGUCCUCACAAUAGCAUGUGGGGAGGAAUGAUGGGACCAAUGGGUUACCCUAUGAUGGGUAUGAAUAUGAAUAUGAUGAGUGGUGGAAUGAUGGGUGACCCAAGUAUGAUGGGCAUGGGUCAGAUGGGCCAGUAUGGCAUGAUUGGUGGAAUGAUGCCGGAUGGAACAAUAAUGGGCCCAGAUGGUACAAUGAUGCCUGCAGAUCCCACAAUGAUGGCUGGAGCACCAAUGGCAAAAGAAAUAAUUCAUUGUAAAUCUUGCACAUUGUUUCCUCCAAAUCCCAAUGCUCCCCCGCCAACUACGCGGGAACGCCCUCCAGGAUGUAGAACAAUUUUCGUUGGUGGUCUCCCUGAAAAUACCACUGAGGAAAUAAUUAGAGAAAUCUUUGAACGAUGUGGUGAGAUGACAACUAUACGAUUAAGCAAGAAAAAUUUUUGUCACAUUCGUUUUGUGUUUGAAAAUUCUGUGGAUGCUGCCAUUUAUCUUUCUGGAUAUCGUAUCCGAAUUGGGUCCAAUACUGAUGCUCCAAAUACUGGUCGUUUGCAUGUUGAUUAUGCUCAAGCAAGAGAUGAUUUGUAUGAAUGGGAAUGUCGACAAAGAGCUCUGCAGCGGGAACAAAGGCAUCGUGAAAGAAUGGAACAGGAGAGGCUGAGACCUCCAUCACCCCCUCCAGUUGUGCAUUACACUGAUCAUGAGGCAAUAGCAGUGUCUGAAAAAAUAAAGGCUGAUGAAACGUUCUCCAAAGCAGUUCAAGUUGUUAUUACAUGGCUAGAACGUGGAGAUUGUAACAAGAGGAAUGCAAAUACAUUUUACACAAUGAUACAAUCUACUAAUUCUCAUGUCAGACGCUUACUUCAAGAGAAAGGUGCUUAUGAAGAAGAACUGCAGCGUGCACGUGAGCUUAUGAAAGGCCGAAUGCAGGGAAUUCUUAUACAGUUCGGUCAGAUCGAGAGGGUAUUCUCGGCUGCCAGCCACAAGAAGGUUUGGGACCAUUUCACCAAAGCCCAGAGAAAGAACAUUGAGAUGUGGAAGAAACAAACAUCGGAAAUUAAGACAUUACAACUGGAGGAAGUGCUUAAUGAAAGAGCAGACGAAGAAAUGGAGGUAUCUGAUGCCGAAGAUGAAUUUGCAGGCAGCUGUAGCAAAAAGAAAAAAAGUGGUGAAGAUGACAAAGCAAAUUUGGCUUCUCUUAAAGAAGAAAAUGACAGUUUGCGAUGUCAGCUUGAAGCAUAUAAAAAUGAAGUGGAUUUGGUACGUUCAGACCUUCGAACCGAACUUGAUCAGAAAGAUAAACAAUUAAAGAUGUUGCAGCAAACACUUCAAGGAAUGCAGCAGCAAUUAAUGGAAUCUAGACGCCGUCAAACAGAGGAUGAAGUUAAGGUGCGAGAACUGCAAGCAAGACUCAGAUCUGCACAGCAGUUAGCUGCAUCAAAACAGGAACAGAAUCAUGGUGGGGAAUCAUCCGGAGAGAGUAGUGCUUCAGCUGCUGCAGGAGAUGGAGGUGCCGACACAGAAGAAGAUAGUAAAGCUGAUGUUGCUGAAGCAUCAGCAGCUGUUACAUCUAUUUCAGAUCGUGAAGCAAAACUAAUUGGUCUUAUCUCUACAUUUCUCCACGUCCAUCCAUUUGGUGCAGGUGUAGAUUAUGUUUGGUCAUUUCUCCAGAAACUGGAACCCACUUUGCGCCCAGGAGAGGUAGAAACUCUAAUGAGUCGUUUUCCCACAGUUUUCCGACAAGAACUUUCUGGAAUUGGUGCAAAUAUGGAAAGGCGUUGGUUAUUUGCUGGAUUUCAGAGUGGCAUUUAAUUGUUACUGUGGACAGUAAAGAGUACUUAGUUUUUUAUGUUGAGCAUGUAUUUUCAUACAUGGCAUUUAUUUCUGUGAUGUGUAGUAUUGUGAGAAAUUAUUGCUAUCAAAAAUAUUAUAAUGUAAUAAAUGUAAUUAAUAAGAGUGGCUCUCUUUGUCAAUUAUUUGUAGAAAUAAAUUUUAAAAAUGUGUUCAGGGAAGUGUUCUUUAUGCAUGUGCAAUGCUUUUGUUUCCCUGUUUAAGCAUGUAUCUAAAUACCCAGAAUGAUUGUAAAUUUUUUAAAAAAUAUGUGUAAUUCAUAAAAUGCAUACCAUUAUUUUCAAGUGUUGUAAAGGUCUAUGAAUAUUUAAAUACUGAAAGCUCUAUUAGUUUGUCUACCUUGUAAUUUAUUUUCUGGUAAUUUCUGAACAAUAAUAAUAAUAAUAAUAUAUAUUGAAGGAAUAAUUUCAUGUUUCUUCCUGUCGGUAUUCAAAGCAUAAUUUUAGAGAUAAUACAAAGUAACAUUGAUUAUUUUGUAAUACUAUAGUAAAACUUAACUUAUUUGUAUUUCAGCGGACUGAAGGGGAAUAAAUGUUUAAGUGAGAAAAACACAUCCCUGAAAUUUAAUAUUGCGAGCAAAACAACUCAAUUACAUUGGCACUUUCCACUCUUUGAAUGUUAGUUUUGAUUGAUUUGAUUAUAGUAAAAACUGUAAGUGACAUGUUGGGGAGAAAUACCAUCUGUGCA